AACAGAGCAGAUAGAUAUACUGCGAGAAAAUUACCCAAAAAUGAGAUACAGGCUCCCCGUCCGCCCGAGAGUUUGUGAUUAUCUACAACUUCCCAUCCGAACGUCAACUGCGUAUGUUCGAAGAUUAAACUCGACUGUGGGUUGGCGAUUUGUUAUCCUGAUGACAUCGGUAUAUUUCGGCAUCAAGGGAACGCUUGGUACCUUUGUCGGUGUUGGCCAGCUGCCCUAUUUCAAAGAACAUCUCAAGGUGUCCGGCUCAGAGUAUCAAGCGUACAGGACAGCUGCAAUGACCCCGUGGGCCAUGAAAGCUUUGAUGGGAGCCAUCAGCGACUCGAUACCUAUCGCCGGUUAUUUUAAACGAUACUACAUAGUUAUGGCCUCGGUGGUAGGCACGGUGGCCUUUCUUCUAUUGUCCACCGUUCAGCUGUCUGAAGGACAGGAGUGGAUUGCGGCACUCAUGUUUAUGAUGGUACACUUUGAGAUGGCGCUGGUCGACCUGCUAUGCGAGGGCGCGUAUGCUGCGAUUAUGAGCAAAUUUGCUUUCUCCGGCUCUGACAUUGUCACGUGGGUUUGGACCAUGGUGCAUAGCGGAGGUUUGCUUGCGGCACUAGUCGUCGGACCACUAGCGAAGGCUGGCUACAUUCGUGGAAUGUUCAUCAUCUGCGUUCCAAUAGCAGCUCAAGUCGCGAUACCUACACUUCUGGGUUACCUGCCCGAGAAACGACUCCCAAAGAACAGUAGAGGUCCACAGAUCGGGAAAAUGUUAAAACAUAAAAAGAUUUUGUUACUGGCAAUCGGAAUGGCUGUUGCAGCAAUGGGCUUAGGGAUCUGCAAUAUGAUAGCCUACGAACCUUUGACGCUUGUUUACGCGCUGACCAGUUCUACAUUAAUGGUUGUAGCCUCCUUCAGUGUGAUGCCUCGCAAUCUCGCGCUCAGCAAUUUAUUCUUGUUCCUGCUAGCCGCUAGUUAUAUCAACCUGGGAGGUGCUCUGGACUACUUUUACCUGGCCGAUAAAGAGUGUAAUCCGGGUGGUCCCCAGUUCGACGACGUCUACUAUUACACAUGGUCGUCCAUAGCACAAUCGGUGUUUGGUGCGGUGGGCGUACUCUUUUUCCAGACCUUCCUGUCACACUGGCCAUUCCGAAGAGUGUUCUGGGUGACAGUAUUGCUUCGAGGGGUUGCUGCUACGGUGGAUAUCAUCAUAGUGAACCGAUGGAAUUUGAUUAUAGGGAUAUCAGACAAGAUGAUGUACAUGGUCGGCUAUAAUUCUCUCUACCAGGUGAUAGGGAUGCUCGAAUUCAUGGCGGCUGUCGUCCUAACGACCAAAAUGUGCCCUAAAAAUAUCGAGUCGACAGUUUAUGCCUUGCUGGCGGGAUUUCAGAACUUUGGGAGUACUGUGUCCUCAUCGAUUGGAGUGGCGAUGAUGAAUUACUUUGACAUCCGCACGCAGAUUCCAUGCGAUUUUACCCACCUCACUACUCUGAUAGUGAUAUCCCAUAUGGUGCUUCCCUUGAUGUGCAUUCCGUUAACUUUCGUUCUGCUGCCCGAUGCGUAUAUGACCGACACCUUAAAUGAGCACGGGGAGCUUGUACGUAAUCAUUCAAAUGCUGGUGACUCUAUUGAACUGAAAAGUGAAACUAAUGAUGAUUUAGACACUGAUGUAUAUCAAUAAUGAUCAAUAAAAUUAC